ACAAGCAGCAGUUUGAAAUUAAAUGGCCCAAAAAAAUGAAAAUGUAGUUUCUAGGGAGAAGGAGCUGUUAGAGAGGCAAGUCACAAGAAGAGGAGGUGGGCAAGCAAGCAGAGAAGACCAAGACCAACGUGAAGAAAUUGAGCAAACUUCAAAGGUGAGCAUUCCUAUGGAGGAGAGACUCAAAAAAUUCAGGGAAGAAGCAGCAGAAGAAGAAAGGUCAUCAACUCAGGCUCAAAAUAUCAAACCAAAGAUCCAAAGGGUUCCCUUCAUGCUCCGAGAGUACAAAAAUUUCGACAAAUACUACGAGCCAAGGGUAGCUGCCAUCGGUCCUUUCCACCAUGGUAACCCAAAGUACGAGCAGGCAGAGAAAGUCAAGCGUUACUUAGCUGCGAAAUUUGUCAAAGACAGUGAACAGAAUGAUGAAGAUUUCCUCAAGAAGGUUGAGGAGAACAUCAAGGAACUAAGGGAGUGCUAUGAUGAGGAAGCAACAAAGAAAUAUGACGACGAUUCCCUCACGUGGAUGCUGUUCAUUGAUGGGUGCUCGACUCUGGAAUUCAUAUACAAAUAUGAAGAGUUAGAAUCUUUUAAGAUCAAGAGAGACCAGGUGGCCUUUGCAGAACAGGACAUGUUCUUGCUAGAGAACCAACUUCCUUAUCAACUCCUCAAGCUGCUGAUGCUGGUGCUCUCGAGCAGCAAACAUGAGCACUUGAAGGAGUCAAUCGAGAGCUUUGUUCAGAUGCACGGCGUUGCACCAAGUGAGAAUCAGAAGCCACAACAAGGUGCACGAAAACUGGAAGAGAAGCCACCACAACCGGGAGCAGGCGGAGCACAAAACACGCAACCGCGUGCUGAUCAAGUAAGAGUAAGCGUGGAACCAGAGCCAACUCAUCUUCUUGAGCUUCUUCUGACAAGAAUGCUAGGAUAUCCACCUAAGAAAAGUGAGACAAGUGCAAGUGCCCAACCGGAAGCAGUCGGAGCACGAAACACGCAACCUCAUCUUCUUAAGAAUCUUCGGACAAAAAUGAAAGGAUAUCUACCUAAGAAAAAAAGAAAGUCACGUGCCCAAUCUUUUCGCAAUGUACAAGAGCUUCAGGCAGCCGGGAUCCAUUUUAGGCAUAGCAAGGAGGGCAACUUUUUGGGCAACAUAUAUUUUAAGAGCUAUAUAUGCUGUGGGUUCCUUUAUAUUCCUAAAAUAAAAGUAGACGAUUCUAUGGGGCCUAAAUUCAUGAACUUGAUAGCCUAUGAAAUGUGUCCCGAUUUCCAGAACGAUUUCGGGGUCACCUCUUACAUAAGCUUCCUCGAUUCGCUCAUCGAUCAUCCGGAUGAUGUGAAGCAUCUGAGGAAAAAGCACAUACUUCGAAACUUACUUGGGAGUGACGAGGAGGUGGCUAAACUCUUCAAUGAGAUAGGCACUGACUUGGUGCCUAACAAUGCAAUUUACAGCAAAGUUAAACGCGACAUAGAAAAACACUACAUGACCAAGUGGAAGAAAUGGGUGGCUCAAUUCUUUCAUGAGCAUUUCAGCAGCCCCUGGACUAUCCUGGCUUUCAUUGGUGCUCUCUUAGGGCUUUGGAUGACCGCGGUUCAGACGUGGUACACCGUCAAUUCUGAUACCCCUCCAUGUGAGGCCUUACUUGAGUACCUGAAAGCGCGCGGGCACUAAAAGGACUACGAGCAUGAUAAUUAUAAUGUAAUAUGCGUACGUAAGUUUGUUGUGAUCCCUUCAGCCUUUUUUCAGGUACUAAAAAUACAUUUGCUGCUUUGCAAUUUGUGUGCUACAUGGUUCUGUACGUCCCCCCAAUUACGACUUCUUCUAGAGGUUUUCACAAGUCAUAGCUUCUCAAGGGUCCUCUUUCCAUUUGGUAUUUUACUGUCACUGUCAGCAGAUGUGACUAAAAUAAGGCAAGUUGAACAUGUGUGCUUUUUUCUUAAUUUGGUGGAACUUUUUGUUUGAUUUUAGU